CAAAUGGUCAUCUGAAAUUCAUCAAUAACAUUUAUCAGCAACAACCACCAAUGGCAACUUCCAUGAUCCAUCUUUUUGUUACCGUCUUUCUUGUGGCCGCCCACACGGCCUUCGCCGAAACAAAUAUGCUUCAAGAUCUUUGCGUUGCUGAUCUCAAAGGUGCUAAAGUAAACGGAUACGCAUGCAAAGACCCAUCACAAAUAACACCAGAGGACUUCUACUACAUAGGCUUAGCCGCUGCUGCAGACACAUCCAACACCGCAAUGGGGUCAGCCAUUACAGCAGGCAACGUUGAGAAAAUCCCUGGCCUCAACAUGAUGGGUACCUCCAUGUCUCGUAUCGACUACGCACCUGGUGGACUCAAUCCGCCACAUCUUCACCCCCGAGCUUCUGAAGCCAUAUUCGUCCUCGAAGGACGUCUCUUCGUCGGCUUCUUGACCACCACUGGAAAACUCAUCUCCAAACACAUCAACAAGGGAGACGUCUUUGUAUUCCCCAGAGCUCUCCUCCAUUUCCAGCAGAACCCUAACAACGCUCCUGCUUCCGUGAUAGCUGCUUUCGAUAGUCAGAACCCUGGGACUCAAAGUGUUGGACCGUCUUUGUUUGGUGCUAACCCUCCUAUUCCUGAUGACUUGCUUGCCAAGGCGUUCGGUGUUGAACCACAGGUGAUUCAGAAGGUUAAGGAAAAAUUCCCAGCCAAGAAAUGAAUAUAGGUUUCAGACCAUACCCAAUAAUGCAAUAAUAGUAUACUAAUAAUGAACAUAAAACUUUGUAAAAAAAACUAAGCAAAAGCUAAAAAAAAGCUUGUAAUUUUUGUAACUGUUGUAGAUAUUCUAUAACUUUUUGUCCCUCUUACAAUGAGACCAGUUUCGAUAA